AUGGAGCUGGACAUUCAGUUGACCAGGAAAGACCUCUACCAGUCGACAUGCAUCACAGGAAGAAGUCUGGGGCUGAUGCCGCCCUCGGACAAGAAGAAGUGUCAUAGGGUGGUGGUGGGAGCUGACAACGGGAUAGUGACAUGUUUCAAAGUGAAGAAGGGCGAGCCGGAGAUUGAGUUCCAGACGGGGAACCUGGACUAUCCCGUGCUCCGCCUGAUCAUCGGAGGGUCCAAGGAUAAGAGCGAUAAGAUCUUCUUCACGUCAGGACAGACUGUGAGGGGAGUAAACAAGAAGGGCAAGGAGUUCUUCAAGUUCAGCACGGACGGAGCAGAGUCGCUGCGGGGUUUGCAUGUAGAGGACACGAAACUUUGGACAAGCGGAGAAUACCUGUUCAACUAUUACGUCGACAAUGUCGAGUCCGGAUACUACAUGUCACCGGACAAAAUCAACGAUGGCUUGCUCCUGCACAUACAGUCUCCGUCGGAGUACAACCCCGUCCUUGGCUGUCAGGAUCGGCAGGUCAGGAUCCUUGACAAGACCUCGGUUCUCUUUGAGAGUUUCGUCGAUGGCCCGGUCUCCUGCCUGUCAAAACUGCAGAGUACCACCUAUGAGGACGUCAUGAAGCAAACCAAGGCAAAGAACAUUGUCUACGGCACUGAGAACGGCCUGGUGGGAGAGCUACAGGCCGACGCUACCGUCGUGCGACCUGGAUGGACGAUUCAGAACGUGCGCAGUUUGGGGGCGAUCAACGUGAUUGCCUCGCACGACCUGACCAAGAAUGGGAUGGAGGAUAUCAUCGUCGGGCGUGAUGACGGGGAGCUCCAAGUGUUCACCCUGGAUUCUCAGGGCGAUAUGCACCAGAUAUUCUCCAAGUGUAUCAACGAGAGCAUCCAGGAUGUCGAAGUCGGGCGUGUCUGCACGACCAGCUUCGACGAGGUGGUGCUUGCCAGCUACUCUGGAAAAGUUAUCUCGUUCACCUCAGAGCCGCUCUCCGAUCCCAUCGCUGCUCAGGCCCUGUCGGGGGCUCCGCGCCUCAUCGAGAAGAACCUUGUGGAAGGAGAAGUUUCGCCGGACAAGGACGGAGAGCCUCGUCAUGACAAGGAGCUCAAGAAGAAGAAGUCCGGCCUGAAGCUUGUCGCUGCCUCCAUCGGAGCGUUGACUGGCCUAGGAAAGAAGAAGGACAAGGACAAGGACAAGGACAAGGACAAGAAGUCGGACAAGCCGAAAUACAUCUCGGGGUUGGUUCUCGACGACUCAGCGCCAGAAUCGCCAGCGUCACAAGGGGAGGAAGCGACCCGCACGGAUCCGACGGAGAGGAACAAAAAGAUCGAGGCGCUGCAGAAGGAGAUCACGGCUCUGCAGGAGAAGGUGCAGGACGAGAAGCUCAAGUAUCAGAAGCUCUCCACAGAGAGCGUUCCUGUCUCUACAAGGUCCAAGGUCAAGUCUGGGCUCUUCCUGGACUCGAACCUCGCAUGCCAGAAAUUUACGCUAGAGAGCGAAAUGCCGAUCGACAUGGUGGCGCUGCAUAGCAACAUCCCUAUCGUCCUCCUCGACACUGGCGUCGCCUUCCCCUCCAUCUCCCCACCUGAUCCAGGUGAAGACAAUGCUUUCGUUGCAACGCUGCGCGUGCAUGGAUCUAGCAAUCGACUCCAGAUUCAGUUGAUGUGCGACGAAGGGCAAGUGGGAACUCUUGUUGCAUACGUUGUCAUGCGCGUCUCUCCUAAGGUGGUUCAUCGGGUGGAGCACAUCCUGCUUCCUCUCUCUCUGCACCAGUCGCUGCCAUGGGACGACAAACUUUGGCAAUCGUCGCCAUACUGCGAAGUGAAGAUCCAGGAAAGGGGGACGUUCAGUCAGGGGCAGAUGCACUCGUGGCUUACUCACUGCUUCCCGUCCAUCCCUGCUAAGUUCGCGUUUGAGUCGACCUUCGCAUCGACAAGAGUGACUGCUGAAUAUUCGAAGGGUGAAGCCUUAUUCCGUAGCACAAACUUCACGACGUUGGCUACGAUCAAGGAUGUCAUAUCCAGGGAAGCAAACAGCGCUAAAGUGAAGCUGGAAGUGAAAGCUCCUAUCUUCGACGAAUCUUGCGUCAUGCAGCUUCUCAAGCUGUUGCAUCCCAAGGUCAGCAAACUGCUCAAGCUCAAGGAGAAUUAUCUCUGCCUAGAGGCCCUGGAGCAGUUGGCGUCAAGUGACGAGGAUCGUGCUAACCUUUCUCCAAGCAUGCGCGAGAUCCUUGAGAACUCUGCUGAGCUGAAGGCUGAGCAUAAGAACAACGAGAAGCGGAUCGCCUUCAUGGAGAAAGUACUCGAGCAGCUCUUCCUGGAUCGCUUCAAGUUCAAAGGGGUCAACGUCAAACACAGGCUUUCCUCUGUCCAGACCCUCAUCCAGAAUUACAGCUGGGAGAGCUUCGUGGAACUUUUUGCUGCCGCAAGAUAA